AACGCAUGCACCAAUGUGAUUAUAUACCCGACCACCCGGAGCCGCACGGCCGGCUGCCAGUCACAGUGACUCCCGAGAACCCGCACGGCCGGCUACCAGUCACAGUGACUCCUGAGAACCAGUACCUGCUUAUUCUCUCACAAGCACCACACGUCGCCUCUGAUAUUAUAUUACAAAGUUAACCCUCGUGUCAACAACAACAACUUCGUGUCACUAAGCAUAGCGCUACUGUUGCAAUAUGGAACGUUGGACUGGUCGCGUUGCCUUGGUGACGGGAGCGAGCACAGGUAUUGGGGCAGGCAUCAGCAGGAGGCUUGUGGAGGCCGGCAUGAAAGUUGUCGGAGCUGCACGAAAUGAGGAGAGGCUUCAGGCCCUUGAGAGAGAGCUGGCCAACAAACCCGGGUCCUUUACCCCAGUGAAAUGUGAUAUCUCCAAAGAUGAUGAUGUUCUUAAUCUGUUUGCCACCAUUAAGCAGAAAUUUGGAGGUGUUGAUGUGUGCAUCAACAAUGCUGGCAUGACUCACGGCCAUUCUCUUUUGGAGGGAACAACAGAGGAGUGGCGGGAGAUGCUGGAUAUCAAUGUGGUGGGCUUGUGUCUGUGUACACGUGAAGCUGUGGCAUCCAUGCGUGCACGCAACGUUGACGAUGGCCAAAUCAUUCAUAUCAUCAGUACGUCGGGUCAUCGUGUGGCGCAAGUUCCAGCAGGUCAUUUCUACGCUGGCACCAAGUUUGCUGUGACAGCCCUUCUUGAAGGGUUGAGGCAGGAACUCAGAGAUGCAAAGUCACACAUUCGAAUUGCGGGCAUUAGCCCUGGCUUGGUGGAAACUGAAUUUGCUUCAAGACUGUUUAAGGAUGAUGCAGAAGCAAAGAAAGUGUUCUCAAGCAUAAAGGGCCUGCAAGCAGAUGACGUUGCUUCCUCAGUAAUUCAUGUGUUGUCUGCUCCACCACAUGUCCAGAUUCAUGACAUCAUUGUCCGGCCAACAGAACAGAUUUCGUAAGUCGUGUGAGAAAAACUGUGAACAUAACACCUACUGUAUUUGUCCCAAGACUCUCAAGAUGACUUUUAGGAAGCCAGUCAAGCAAAACUGUCAAAUUUGCAAAUUAUGAUUCUUAUACUGUAUUACAUUCAUGAACUUUUAUAUACUGUACCACUUGGUGAUCUUAAACUUGUCUGCCUUGGUACAUAUAUAUUAUUGUAUGGCUUAAGCCUGGAUAGAGUUCCUCUUGUACAAGAGGUGCACAAAACUGUUGGGUGGAAUAUUUGGAAAGUUGUCUUUAUUCCGGAUUAAAAUAAUAAUAACAGUAUAUGUUUUGAAAGAUAAGCUUCAAAUUACUUUUAUUAUUAUUAAAUUGUCAGGUAUAAUUUGAUUGAAUUAGUAUUGAAUUUACGAACUCAUAAAAGUGGUCUUUGUCGUUUCCCCUAUUCUCAUUUUGUACAAUUAACAAUUCCUUUAUGAUUGUGUAGAGCUAAAGUUAAUAGGUAAAAAAAAAUUGGUAAGUACCUAAUUAUGUCAUAGCUGCAAGGUGCAUGCUACUUACAUACUGAAUUAAGUAAUUAUCAAAAGAAGGCACCAAAUACUGCAUUAAGAAACCGUUCAUUUAAGAUCCUUUUAACAUUUUCAUUUAACAUUAGGAGCUUCUGUAAAAGGAAUUUUAGUUCCCUGAUCAAAACCCGAAUUCAAACAAAAAUUGAUCUUUAUGCUAUUACAGUAUUAGCUCGAAUAUAACACAUUGCCCAACAACUGUAUAAAUAGCAAAAUAACUCAUUCAUUGUUAUACACUUGCCUGUAUUUUUCUCAAGAUUUGCGAAGCAGAUUAUUCAUAAUUUAUAAACUUGAGAACUAUAUGUAAUCAACUUAAAUAAUUUAAAAGAGACAUCUCUAAAAUGAGA